CUUCAGCAAGCCUUUUUUUUUUUGGCUUCUUCUCUAUCAAGUGUUUUGAAGCAAUACCCCACAAUAUCAAACAUGGCACCCCAAUCAUUCCACCUCUUCCCGCUUCUCCCUAAGGAGCUCAGAAUAGAGAUUUGGAAAAUAGCUCUCCCAGACCCACGAGUUAUCGAACUGUCCCUCAUCUAGCACUUUGACCCUCCCCGUCUACCACAACGGUAUCGCCAAGCCUGCCGCGGAGCAUGGGCCUGGAUUGCCACAGCGUCCCCAACGGUCUUCCCACUCAUCCACAUCAAUGCCGAAUCUCGCGCCUGCGCCCUCGCAUCUUACGAGCCCUGUGAUAUGCCAAACCAGAGCAACCUUACUAGACAUCCAAUGUAUAUUGACUACUCCAAAGAUACCAUUUUUAUUAGUCGUUAUACUCAAGACCAGCUGCGGGAUGUCUUGUUGGGAUAUUAUCAAGCUGUACGCUUCACGAACUGGAGGUUGAAGGUUCGAAAUCUGGCAAUGUCUUUGGCUGUCCUGAAGAAAUCUCGGUAUUCUCGAGUGGCUCUGUUUCCUGGUCCCGAGCCAGCUGAUCCAAAUGGUUAUGAAGAAGCAACUCGUUACCUGGCUAAUGUCAUCCGUAUGUUCCCCAAAUUACAUGACCUGAGUUUUGUCAUCGAUGGACGGAAUCCAGGCUUUGGAGGAAAUGUAGAGAUUGUGGAAGCAUCUUCGGAGCAUGAGGAUUACGAUGUUGUAGGUGGCAGAGAUCUGGCUUCCGCAUGGAUACCUCAAGUCUUCGAAAACCUGAAAACUGUAUUAUCAGAUGGGAAGAUUCCUUCUGUUCGAGUCGCACUUUUGAUCAACGGACGGGAUACACCCAAUCUAGAGCGACGAUGGAGCUACCUUCGUAUUCGCUGUGGAGUGUGCCAUCCAGAUGGUGCAGACCCGGAACCAGAACCUCCUAGCCAACGGUCAGGUAUAGCUGCUAGCCGGUACUGGUACCCAGGGAAUGAUUUGAGCACUUCUGAGAGUGAAAGCAGUGAAGAUGGCUCAGCUGUAGCAGGGGAAGGGGAAGAUGGACCAUCUGGGCCUGGAUCUGAUUCUAAGACUGAUGCCGACAACCACGGGAGUAGCACUCCUGUGAAGAGAAAUUUCAUUUGUCGUUUCGACAAUCCUAGCUCCUCCGACGAUGAAGAUGAUGGCCCAAGUUUCGCAUUUCCGUCAUUGCAAAACGAGCGGUCAUCGCAUUUUCGGGCAACACUGUUGUGAAGGUACAGAUGAAGCGUAAUGUGGUUGGAGUAAACAUGUAAGAACAGGAGAACUGGAGAAUAGUCACCUAGGCUUAUUUCAAAAUCGAUUUC